UCGAUGCCUGUCAGCCCGCAGGAAUGCGCUACUCACACUGCGCAGCCCCCCACUAGAUCCCACUCACACAGCCUCAGCGCGUCUCCCACUUUUUUCUCUGUCUUACUCGACAGACAGCGUUUCAGCUCAGUAGUGAGUCUGCUUGCUGUCCCUCAAAAUGUCUGCUGCACCAGAUCCAAACACCUUUUUCUACACAACCCUGGCCCCACUGGACUCGAGUAUGACAGUGGGGUCAGGUCCUUCCGAGAUGCCAUCAAAUGUUACAACGUGCCAGGAGUGGGAGAAAGCCCAUCACCUGCUCUUUCACCUCGGCAACCUGAGUUUACUGGUGGGCCUUCUUAUUCCUACCACCGUGGGCCUGCACAUGAUCCUCCUGAGGCUUCUACUGAUGACAGGGUGCUGCCUGUUUAUAACCUGGGCUACUCUGUACAGAUGUACAUUGGAUGUGUUGGUAUGGAAUGCAGUCUUCCUCCUCGUCAACUUCAUGCAUUUCUUCUUCUUGCUGUACAAGCGUAGGCCUAUUAAGAUAGACCGUGAGCUGAGGUCAGUAUAUAAGCGGAUGUUCGAGCCGCUGCAUGUGCGUGAAGCUCUGUUCCAGAGGCUGACUGGUCAGUUUUGCACCAUCCAGACCCUUAAGAAAGGCCAAGUGUACGCUGCCGAGGAUAAGACCUCAGUGGAUGAGCGUCUCAGCAUUCUCCUGAAGGGAAAACUGAAGGUGUCAUAUCGCGGCCAUUUCCUUCACAAUAUUUACACCAAUGCCUUCAUCGACUCCCCGGAGUUCAGAUCAACACAGAUGAACAGAGGAGAAAAGUUCCAGGUGACAAUCACAGCUGAGGAAAAUUGCAAGUUUCUGUGCUGGUCUAGAGAGAGGCUGACUUACUUUCUGGAGUCGGACUCAUUUCUGAACGAAGUGUUUCGAUAUCUCAUCGGUAAAGACAUCACCAACAAGCUGUACUCCCUUAAUGACCCCACGCUUAGUGACAAGGCUGUAAAGAAGAUGGAGAGGCAGCCGAGUCUGUGCUCCCAGCUGUCCAUGAUGCAGAUGAGGAACAGCAUGGCCAGCACUAGCGACACAGAUGAUGUGCUUAAUCAGAUUCUGAGAGGGGGCUCAGGUGGCUCGUCACUGCAACAAAAACCAAUCAGCAAGGCCUCUACGACUAUGAAGCCAAUCGAAGAAGCAAUGGAAGAUGAUGUUUUUGAAGCUGACUCACCUACUGCCUCCCAACCCAGCCCCAAAACUCCAGAGGAGGUGUAGCAUCACACCCUGCCUCAAGUGACAUUUAGUGGACCGUUGUGUGACCGUUUGCUCUAAAAUACCAUCCCAUCUAUCCUGGAACAUGGAAUAUAAACAGUAUACAGUACAUCCCUGCAGAGAUUUAGGUCACGAAAUCUGGAUUGGAAAUCUUAUGGCCUGUUUUCACUACAGAUAAAUUCAAGGCCUAUGUUGUGCUUUUUAAGAGGAUUUUCUAAAAAUACUCAUAUCAUGUCUGGUCAAAAAUAUGUCUGACAUUAGUAUUUAGAUUAUUUCCACUUGUGUAGCUAUGCUCAAUAUCAUCUCUGAUUGCAAGUUAAAAGCAAUGUCUAUGUUUUAAGAGUUUAUUUUGAUUUAUUUUGCCAGUGGGUGGCAGACCUUUAUUCCUUUAAAGAUAAUUCAUUUGUGUAUGCAUGUCUAUGCUGUUAAUAAUUAGAUAUUGCCAUAUUGACACAAUGUAGAUGAAUAAAAUGGCCAUGUAUUGUCACUCACUA